UAAAUUCUCAUAUGAUUUGCUUCAAUGUUUUCCAUAUAAUAGAUAUCUACUCUUAAAGAGCCUCUUGCUCUGUUUAUUAACUGAGACUAUGCUUUGUCCAUAUAUUGUCGACGGUCAAACCCUCAAAGAACAACACGUAUCUGCGCUUCAGACUCAAGCGCUGCUUGCAUUUCAUGCCAAACAUCCUCGUGCCCGGGACCACUCUCUCUCCCUUCAUCGGAACAAUUUACUGGUCGCCCUCCAUCAUAACUUCAAACGAAUGAUCUGCUUUGCUCGCACGCGUAUUCCCGAGUACAGAAAACGAGCACUACGAGUAGAACCCACUGAAAAAAACCAGUCCGAGUUUUCCACUUUUGACAGACAGUUGCCCACCCAAAAUAUGCCUCCUUUUUCAGCCAAUAACAAACAAUUCUCCCCAAUCAGUAAGUCCUCGUUACCCGCCAACAACAAACCAUCUCCCCUAAAGUCCCCUUCUUCUAUCGACAACACCCGACUGUCACGGGGCAGUAAGUCUCACACCCCGCGGUCUGACAGCCCCAUCAGGGUCCUCAGUCCCCUAAGGUCUCCUCGGAGUCCCGCUCUGCGCUCGUCCAAUUCAGCGACCUCUUCAGAUGCUUAUAAGAAUGAGGCACUCCGGCUGCCUGCCGUGGUGGUGUACGACAGCGCUGCUGUGAGCAGCGAGAUGCACGACCCUGCCACGGCCGUGCUCUACUACAGGCCCCGACUCUCUGCUGCUGCGUCGCCUGCUGCAGGUCGGGAUGCCGUUGACCCCGUAAGUGUACGCACGGCGUUGGCAGGGCAGCUCGUCGGCGCCCUUACGUUCGCCUCCUCCUGCUUCGGCGCCGUCAGGAGGCUGCGGCUCAGACGUUCCUGCGUUGCAGUCAACACUCAGGGGCGCUUCGUGCUGAUGGUGUGUGGCCACAGUGCCACGUGGGCUGAGGCUCGUCUCGCCAGCCUCACCAGCCUCGUCAACGCUGCCACAGGAGGCUUGCUGCAGCUGUGGCAAGACUGUGGCAGAGACCGCGAUGUCUUCGCUCUCAGACUGGAGGGCAUGCUGGACGCCAUGGUCGACAGCGUCUUCCCUGACGUCAACUUUAACGAUGCCCUGCCGACGUCAGCAAGCGGCGACUCGUCGUCAGCUACACCCACGGUGCUGUCCCCCUUCAGCGAGUUCAGCAACGCGUCGUCAGCAAACCUGUCGCCGAGAGGAGGCCAUGUCAGCAAUCAGAUGUCAGCUGACAAGAAGAAUAAUUAUUCGACUGAAGGCCACCAUGUCAGCAAUCAAAUGUCAGCUGACAAGAAAAAUAAUUAUUCGACUGAGUCGUCAGCAAACCUCUCGCCGAGAGGAGUCCGCGUCAGCAAUCAGAUGUCAGCUGACAAGAGAAAUAAUUAUUCAAAUUAUUCGACUGAUGGUCAGCCUCCACACUGUCAGCUGAGUGCAGAAGAGAGGCUACACGCGCUGCUGGAGGUCGCUCCCUCCCUGCAGAUGGCUAAGAGCGGCUUGUGCGGCGUAUACCUGGAGAGCCUGCGCUGCAUAGAAGCCUGCGUGCAGCACCGGGGCGUCCUAGCCGGCCUGUCCCUGCACCGUCACAGCCGGCCUGUCCCUGCACCAUCACAGGUAAGCAGCUCCCAGCACCGGGGCGUCCUAGCCGGCCUGUCCCUGCACCGUCACAGGGUUGUGAGUAGCUUGUUGGAGGGAGACAUGUCACGCCUCAUCACCAGCCUCGUCACCAGCCUCAGCCUCACCAACGCCACCAACAGUGGAUGCCAGUCCCCUGAGGCGGACAGUUUGGAGGCUCCUGUUCGACCAAGUCCCCCCGCUGGGGGUCUGAAGCCCCUGGAUGAGGACUACCCGCUGCCCCAUGGAGUAACUCUGCACGCUCUGUACGUGCAGCAGCACCAGUACCGCUCCAUGGUUCAGCAGCAGCAGAAGUACGUGGACUCGCGAUACCGUGAGCGGGCCCGCGGCAGUCUGCACAACACCAACUCUUCCAUGGACCUCACGACGCUGCGCAAAGUAUUGCUCGAACAUCAAUCUCUUCACAACUACCCUGCCUCUCUACCAGGCCUCCAACCUUCCGACGAUCCAUACGAUCACUACAGCAUAUCUCAGUCCUCUAAUUUCCACAGCAUGAACAACAACGACGCUUCUUUAUCGUCUCUAGUCCCACCAACCUUAGAUCCAUUGCAGUUGUGCGCCAAAAUCAGCAAAAAUCAGGGCUUGCUGAACAGUGAUGGACGUCCUUCUCAGUCGUUGCCUGGAACUCCACGUAAAAUUAGGGUGGCUACGAUGCUGCCGGAUGUCGGCAAUAACUCCCCCGAUCUAAGGUACAAAGUUCUGAAUGCUAAGCGAAACAUUAAAGCGGGAGGCGUCUCGUCCUCGAACACACCUCGUCACAGCAAUAACAACCGAGGGCUACCAAGGAAGCCAUACGCUAUACCCGGGGCACAGUAUCCUCCGUAUUCCAGUCCAUUCUGUGACCCAUACGAAAAUGCCGAUGACUACCCAACGUCAACCCCAAUCAGUGGAGUGACCACCUUACCGCGCAAGACUUCAAAGCUGUCGCCUCCUUCUCUAUCCCUGUCUUAUGAUAGUGAGAAAGACAACAAAUACAGUAGAAGUUAUAACAGUAGCCAAGACUGCUCGGGCUUGGAUUUUGGUCAACAUACAUUUAGCCAUAAAAAUGGUUCAAAGUCGAGGUUUUCUGUCAAAAGUGGGGAUUCUGGCUUUGAAGAAAUGGCCAAGGGAGAGGUUGAAAUGAAUCUUAAAAAUACCAAGAAUAAGCUUAACCUGCAGUUCGCUCCUGACAAAAUUCAUCGCCCUGAUCCCAUCGAUGAUGGCAGUUCCGAUGUCUCUUCCGGGACGUCUGAAAUCAAAAUCGCAAAAGAAAUUAACGGCAAUAUUAGAAAGAAGAGACCAACAGUAAAAAUAUCCAGUGAAUCUAAGUCCGAGCUACUAAACCACCUCGACAAAGUUGAUGAUGAAGACGAUUCUUCUAGAAGCGAUUCUGAAAUUAGCGUCCUGGAGCUUAGCGCGUUCAUUGAUCCCAAGGAGAAUGACAAAGAACUCGAGUUUUUCAUCGGCGACAGAAAAACCGACGAUGAAAUAACCGAUGGGCAAUCUAACCGGGACGAGAACGAUAUAGGAGGAAGUCAGCCUGUAGUAAUAGUGUCAGACACAACAGCUGACUGUGGUGGUGCCAGUGAAAGUGACACAAGUCCUGACGUCAGUCCUGAUGCUCCUUCGUCAAAGUACCGACGCGCCAGCCUGUACACGCAGUCUCUCGACGACUGCCACCUCUGCCUCCUGCUCGACGAAGACGCAGCUAAGGACGCUGGGCUCGUUUAUGCGCUGUGGGGAGUGGGUCAGUCCACCCUGCCGUCGCUGGCGACCCACAUAGAGAGGGCCCUGGAGGUGAGCGCAAGCAGUCAGCAGAACGUGGUGGGCGGAGAUGCUUUUGCCCGGCGCUUUGGCCCGACGCUGACGGUGGCCGAGGGCGAGGCGCUGCACCUCGACGUCGUCAGCAGCGUCCUGAAGCACGUCGAGCGACGUCGUGAGGUCCUGGAACUCACUCUCAGGCAGCGCGAGUGCACGCUAUGGUGCCACCGCCUGGGCUCUUCCCUCACCCUCUACCAACACUCUGGUCCCAGCAGAGCUGGCCCGCCCAUACCUAGCGACCCUAUGGCCAAACUACCACACCGCGCCCGACGAAGGCUUGAGCGCGACCACGCUAUAACUCUACUUUAAAAUAUUACAAUUAUCUCAUACUUUGCUAUUAAUGUUUCAAGUUUUACUCACAACUCAUGAUUGCAUUUGACAUUAGACUUUCGAACAUGGAACGAACAGAGUUUAGAUAAGUUAUCUUUUUUGUUUGCUAGCUCUGCGGAACAACUCGAUCUCUCAUACAUUUCUAAUAUUGAUCAUAUUUAAAGUGAUUAUGGACAAAUAUUGCAUAUUACAUAUUCUCGAACAUUUUCUAAUAACAAUACAAUUUUUGUGAGAUGUUGAGCACUUAUGAAAAUACGAAGUUUAUCUUCGUACGCUCAUAAUAAUUGUUCAUAACUAAACUCAACGCCAUCCUGACGAGUAUACCGAAGAUCAUCAUACGUCCUGUAGAAUUAAUGUCUCUACUCGCUUACUGUAACAAACUUACCCUCAACAAACUAAGCAGGCCUCAGAUAACUUGGAUACCAAGUUGUUGUUACUUACUUUUGUGAGCACUUCUGUUUAAAAUCCAUCAGUAAACUGCAAUCAAACGUUUCUUUUAAUUAUUCUAUUUAGAUUUUUACGUAGUAUCAAAACCAUAUAUCUUCUAUGCUGAACAUUUCCUAUUGUUGCAGUGGCUUAGGCAGCUGCUGAAAGCUUGCUUAUUUGUGUGCUUUCCAUCACUGUGCUUUGCUCACUGUGUUUUGUUAUUAGUAAAAAAUAAUUUAUCUGCACUGUUGUUAUAGUUCUAUAUUCGCUGGUUUAACAUAAUUAUGCUAAAUUGAACCAGUUUCUGACUGAUUUGUUUUGUUCUCUUUGAAUGCAAUGUAGAUCGUUUGUCAUAAACUCGUCACCGAAGUAACAACAAUAUAAAUUCUUAUGACGUCCCCACCCUUAAAAACUUCAUCGUCUUUUAGUAUUUGUUUGAAUUGAGUGUGAGAUAACGCCUAUUUCAUGCUGCAAGUUCAACUACUAUUCUUCUGACCAAUUCAAAAUGGUUAGAACGCUCAUGAUUUACUCCAUAUAAAAUCUAAAAUCCUUCUUUGCCUCCACUUCAGCGUCUAUUGAGUUUGAGAUAACGCCUAUUUCAUGUUAUUACUUCAACUACCUACUAUUCUUCUGACCUAUUCAAAAUGGUUAGAACGCCCAUGAUUUAUUCCAUAUAAAAUCUAAACCCUUUAUUUGCCUCCACUUCAGCGUGUAUAUUGAGUUUGAGAUAACGCCUAUUUCAUGUUAUUACUUCAACUACCUACUAUUCUUCCGACCUAUUCAAAAUGGUUAGAACGCUCAUGAUUUAUUCCCUAUAAAAUCUGAACCCUUUAUUUGCCUCCACUUCAGCGUGUAUAUUGAGUUUGAGAUAACGCCUAUUUCAUGUUAUUACUUCAACUACCUACUAUUCUUCCGACCUAUUCAAAAUGGUUAGAACGCUCAUGAUUUAUUCCAUAUAAAAUCUAAAAUCCUUCUUUGCCUCCACUUCAGCGUCUCUGGAAUCACCUCCUCUUGACGGUGAUUUUCUUAUGACCCACCGACUGACCAAAUGCAUUAAUAUUAAAAUAUUUAUACUGGAUAUAAUUAAUACAUAAAUACGAUGUUGGUCCUUUGAUUCUGUAUUUUUUUGAAAAUGUAUUAAGUGUAUUGUGGAGGUCAGUUAUAAAGUAGGAUUUAUAUUAAGUCUCUGUAAGCUAGUUUCUGGUUCUUAGCUAAAUCUGUGCUUAGAAUAAUUUAAUACGUUUAGUAAAAUUUUGAUUAGAAUGCCAUCAAUGUGAUAUGUAUGAGGCGUGAAUGUUUUAAAUUAGUUCAUCUUUGGGCGAUUAUGCCCGUGUUAAAAAAAAUCCUUAAAAAUUUUGUCCUGCUUUGUAGCAGUUUUAGUCGAUAUAUAGAUUUUUGCCCACCGAGAUAAAUCAAUACGAAACUUUGAUACUAAAUUUGAUAUUGAAGUUUUUCGGCUGAUCGUCUGUGGAUCGUUUUUGUAAAGAACUAUUCCUGGUAACAACAAAGGGGAAGCUAUAACCUAAGAUCAAAAUAGAACUCGCUAAAUCAAGCAUAUUUCUUCGAAUAAGUCCUAAGUUAAACGGUGUCAAAUGUUGUGUUAAUUUCAAAGUUGUUAUAUUACCGUUGCUUCACUGCUCGCGUAUGCAUUCACUUCAGUUGAGCAUCAGUCGUAGGAUUAGUACAGUGAUUGUACAAUAUAUUGUGUUCCGAGUGUCGUUAUUCUACUUGAUAUGUAGAUAGUUUUCUCGUGUAGUCUAUAUUUCAUGAUACAAUAUAUUUAAUAUUUACUCAUAUUAGUCUUUAGAAGAAAUUAAUUUUCUUAGAACUCCACUACCCAAUGGCUGAUUACUAAUUUUAUAAUUGUCAAACUUUUUUCAUUAUUCCAUAUUUCGUAGACCAUCCUUUUUAGAAUAUAGCUCUCUUGUAGGCCACGUAUAGAUAGUCUCUAUAAUUCUUGAUAGCAAUGUUAGUCGUACUUAAAUAGUUGAGUAAUGUGUUCAGAGUCGCAGGAGUCGUCAUUAUAUACGUCCUAGUGUAUCCUCAGUACUGAGUCCCUCCAAGUGAGCUUAGAAAAGUUUUCUGAUAUGAUGUCACUGAUGCAGUCUAAGUGAUGUGUCUGCAUAAAGUCGCUUCUUUGGAUAUGCUGUUAAAGGUGCAGCCUCAAAGGCCCUUGAAUAUAAUGAUAAUGUAUUGAUGUUUGGGGUAUAUUUUAUCGUAUUUAUUCUAAAAUUACAAUCUUGGACCAAUUAAUUAUCCCACGGAGAGCUUUUUGUAGGCGUGCGUCGGGAGUCUUCAUUUGAUAUGUAAUGUUUCUUGCGUCAAUGAUGUAUUUGGGAUGAUCGAUUCUUUUCAAUUAAAAUGCUAGACAAAUUUCUAGUCGUGGACUAGCUAGUUGACGGAAUAGAGACUAAACGCUCAGACUACAUAAAAAUUAGUGAAUUUUCGUUCACGUUACUAUUUCAAAUGCCCGUAUUAGAAUGAUGCAGAGAAUUAGGUUCCCUACCCUGUCUCGUCUACAGCUCGAUUAUUAAUGACAACUAAAUUAAGGUUCAUGUUUAAAUUCAUUAUCAGGUGCAGUCAAGACAUUUAAUAUCUUUAAUAUCAUAUCUCUGCAGUCAAGAUAUUUAAUGUGUACAGAUGAAAAAUUUGGGUAGCCAUUACAAAAAAGAACGAGCAUCAUUGAAGCGAUGCAGGUUCGUCAUACUUAUGAAUAGUUUUCUUUGUGCUUCUAACUGCCAGCUUAGCAGUUGUUGUAAGCUAUAAUGUACUAGACUCUCCCGCGCGUCCAAGGCCCAACCUGGUGUAUCAACGAUGCCAAUUGUUGUUGCAGACACAAUCCUGUGCCAGCGAUUGCCAGAAAUAUUGCAGCAAUCGUUGCCACGGAAGGCGUUGCCAGAAAUAUUGCAGCAAUCGUAGUUACGCAAGGCGUUGCCAGAAAUAUUGCAGCAGUUGCCGUGCCAGCUGUUGCCAGAAACAUUGCAGCAGUUGCUACGCCAGGCGUUGCCAGAAAUAUUGCAGCAAUCGUAGUUACGCAAGGCGUUGCCAGAAACAUUACAGCAGUUGCCACGCCAGGUGUUGCUAGCAAUAUUGCAGCAGUUGCCACGCCAUGUGUUGCCAGAAAUAUUGCAGCAGAUGUAGUUACGCAAGGUAUUGCAAGGAAAUAUUGCAGCAGUUGCCACGCCAGGUGUUGCCAGGAACAUUGCAGCAGUUGCCACGCCAGGUGUUGCCAGAAACAUUGCAGCAGUUGCCACGCCAGGUGUUGCCAGAAACAUUGCAGCAGUUGCCACGCCAUGUGUUGCCUCGUCUUCCUAGACCUGCUCUUCAGGCCGCGAUGGUGCUAGCGCCCUACGGCCGGUCGAGCUCCACCCUUUUCAGGCGCCUUCCGUCCCUUACGGAAAUUCUCCGCUUCUGCCACGAAGCAAAUUUAUCUCUAUGAUGAACAUGCCCCUUGAAAACGUACAUUCCAUUGCUCUAAAACCUUUAUCUCUAUGAUGAACAUGCCCCCUUGAAAACGUACAUUCCAUUGCUCUAAAACCUAAGCUUAUCUUCGGUUCUGAAUCUUUGUGACCAAUGAGACCAAUUUUUUACGUGAUUAGAUUUCUGUUAGCACAGGUUUUCUGCGUAAGGCGAAUGAUUCGCCGAAGAAAUAAAUUUUUAGGGUUAUAGCUCAUCAAGCUUCGGCACAGUGUUCAGCUUGAAUAUUGUUUUAAUUCGCAUAAUAGAACACUAUUUUUCCAACUCAGUUCCUUAAUUCCUUGAUAAUAUUGUCACUUGAGCUUUUCCCGCACCAUUUAUUAAAAAUUGCGAUAUCUUAAGCAGCCCAUCAGCUAUCAGCUUCGUAGAGAACUUGAAAAAAUUAUCUACGAAGCGAACCUUCUAUACGUCAUUAAGAACAGUUUUUCGACGAGUGCAUCAGUAAGAAAAUUUCCCGACCAGUUACUUAUCUGUAGAAAAUGUAAUAUAUUUUGAUUCAGGUACCUUAGGUACAUAGUUUUUAUGCUAUAACAGUGAAGUAAUAAUCUAGUUUAUCAUUAUUAUCUUAAAUCUUAUUUAUUGUGCUUUCAAAGUUUAUCAGACUCAAUAGCAAGAAUUAGUUGAAUUUAGUUUUGUCGCUUCCUAACUCAACUCAAACCGCUGGGGCUAUUAAGGCAUAAAUGAGAAGUUGCUCGAUUAAAUGUCCAUGUUGACAGGAAUAUCGUUAGAAUUAGUAGUUGGUAUUAAGUAGUUACAUUUUUGUUUAUAUACGGUUUGUAAAUAUAUCAUAGUUUCAUGUUGAAUGCGCAUAAAUCGUGUGAUCUUCUGAAGAAUAAAUAGUACGUGCU